GAGCCUGAACCACAUCCAGGCACCAGGACCUCCAGUCCAAUGGUGCCUUCUUCCUCCCAGUCCCACGGUUCACUUUGCCCUACAGCAGCGAGGGCCAAGGUGGAAGAGGCCAAAAGCCCAGGCGAGUCGUGGCGGGUGACGGAGCGAUUGCGAGGGGGACUGAGAAUCGCUCUGAGAUGGGACUCUCCUAAGUCCCCCGUUCGCCAGGUGAGGCGGCAGCAGCAGCAGCUUCUCAAGCGGCCACUGCUGCACUGACUCGCACGCCUCGGGCUUCGCCGUCGGGCGCCCUUGGGAAUUAGGAGCUCAGGUCUGCAGCCAUGGGUUCUCUGAGCAAACACCCACUGGAGACCCAUGCAAGGCCCUAACCCCGAGCCUCGCCACCUAGCCACCUCGCUGAAGAUGUCAUUGCUUGGAAGGGACUACAGCAGUGGGCUGAACUCCUUGAAUGAUGGGUCCAAGUCGCUCUCAGAGAACAGCAGCAGCACGACUUCAGAGAACGUCCACCCUGCUGAGGAAGCGGGACUAUCGCUGCUGCAAACCUUGAUCCACCUGCUGAAAUGCAACAUUGGCACAGGACUCCUGGGGCUUCCCCUGGCCAUAAAAAAUGCCGGCUUGUUGGUCGGUCCCAUCAGCAUGCUGGCCAUUGGGAUCCUCACAGUGCACUGCAUGGUCAUCCUGCUGAACUGUGCUCACCACCUCAGUCAGAGACUGCAAAAGACUUUUGUGAACUAUGGAGAGGCCACGAUGUACAGCCUUGAAUCCUGCCCAAACACCUGGCUGAGGACACACUCCGUGUGGGGGAGGUACACCGUCAGCUUCUUAUUAAUCAUCACGCAGCUGGGCUUCUGCAGUGUUUAUUUUAUGUUUAUGGCAGAUAAUUUACAACAGAUGGUGGAAGAAGCCCACGUGACCUCCAACAACUGCCAACCCAGGAAGAACCUGGUGCUGACUCCCAUUCUGGACAUUCGUUUCUACAUGCUGGCAAUCCUGCCCUUCCUGGUCCUGUUGGUGUUCAUCCAGAACCUCAAGGUGCUGUCCAUCUUCUCGACAUUGGCCAACAUCACCACCCUGGGGAGCAUGGCUCUCAUCUUUGAGUAUAUCAUACAGGGGAUUCCGUAUCCCAGCAACCUACCUCUGAUGGCGAACUGGAAGACCUUCUUGCUGUUCUUUGGUACAGCCAUCUUCACAUUCGAAGGCGUCGGUAUGGUUCUGCCUCUCAAAAACCAGAUGAAGGACCCACAGCAGUUUUCCUUUGUUCUGUACUUGGGGAUGUCCCUUGUCAUCAGCCUCUAUAUCUGCCUGGGGACACUGGGCUAUAUGAAGUUCGGGUCAGACACCCAGGCCAGCAUCACCCUCAACUUGCCCAAUUGCUGGUUGUACCAGUCUGCGAAGCUGAUGUACUCCGUUGGCAUCUUCUUCACCUAUGCCCUCCAGUUCCACGUCCCGGCCGAGAUCAUCAUCCCAUUCGCCAUCUCCCAGGUGUCAGAGAACUGGGCACUGUUUGUAGACCUGUCUGUCCGCACAGCCUUGGUCUGUCUGACCUGUGUCUCAGCCAUCCUCAUCCCCCACCUAGACCUGGUCAUCUCCCUGGUGGGCUCUGUGAGCAGCAGCGUCCUGGCCCUCAUCAUCCCGCCCCUCCUGGAGAUCAUCACCUUUUACUCUGAGGACAUGAGCUGUGUCACCAUUGCCAAGGACAUCAUGAUCAGCAUCCUGGGCCUUUUGGGGUGUAUAUUUGGGACAUACCAAGCCCUCUAUGAUUUGACCCAGCCCAUCAACCAUUCCGUGGCCAACUCCACAGGUGUCUAUGCAUAACUGUCUAUUUUUAUUCUUACGGCUCUGCCUUCCUCCCACCCCCAGUUUGACUUCCCUGUGGAUGUUGUAGACCUUCAGCAAACCCUCCCAUCUCUAUAUUAACUAGUGGCAUCUUUUUAUCUUUCCAAGAGGAGCAUAGAUAACACAAGUUAGUACUAAUGCCUCUCAGGCUCUGCCUUUUUUGGUUUUGGUUUUCUUUUCUUUUUUGUACCUCUGAACCAAAUCACAUUCAAUCAUUUGUAUUAUCAGCCUCGUUUAAUGGAAAAGGGAUGUCAUUCACCCCUAUCUUCCUGGAAACAGGGAACAAGCAUAAAUGCAAAAGAAAUUGUUUUCUCUGUACUGCAGUAGCUGCCCUUAACGCAUCAGAUUUAGAAAAGUGUAUAUUACGGGAAGGGAGUUUCCUAUUUAGGUAUUCUAAAUGAGAGAAUCACAGGCAGAACAAAACCAGAACUUAGCAGUAACUUUGUCCAGCCGCUGCCUCUGCCACUGAUUGCCUAUGGGACCUUGGGCAAAUUGCUCCUCCUCUCUCAGUCUUAGCUUCUUUGCCUAUAAGUGAAGGGUUGAGCUAAUUGAUUAUUAAGGGCUCUGUCAACUCUGACAUUCUGAAAGUGAAAAAAAGAAGUUAAUUUAUUUUCCAACCAC